AUGAAUAAAGAAAAUAACAGGAGUGCUGCUGGCCUAAGACGCUCAGCAAUUGCUGAAAGAAAGAGACUCAAAGAAGAAUGGUCUGUGCUAAAAGGAAUUGUUACUGACAAGCAAGAAAAUAUAAAUGUGUUGAAAAAGAAACAAUGCAAUACUAAACCAUAUAAAACACAAUCCAAAGAAAUUAAACAACCUGAACAAGUGGGAGUAUGUGAAGUUCUCAGAGGAGUGGUAGCACUUGUGGAUGUUGGGGCGGAGUCUCGUGCCUUGGGACUUCGGGCAGCACUGAUGGCACUUGGAGCAAGUGUUGUUCCUGCAUGGAGUCCCCUAGUUACACAUUUAAUAUGGACACAUGGUGGCUGUCGUAAAAUACGUUCUAAGGCACGGGCACUCGCCUGUCACCUAGUUUCACCUUUAUGGGUAGAAGCAUGUGCGUCAGCAGCAAAAAGACAGCCAGAGAGGAUAUUCCCUGCACCAAGCAGACCCUCCGAUUUACCUUCACCAGCGACAUUACGUAUUUUACUGAAAAAAGCAGAACACGAAAACAUUCCACUUAUUGAUUUCCUCUCUGACAGCAGAGAAAGUGAUGAAGAAAAUGCUCCUAGACUUCGCAUCUCUAGUGAAGAAGACAGCUCCGACAAAAAAUCACACAAGUCUACAGAUGAAUCGCACAACCAGUCGAAUGACAAAACAUUGAACCAGUCAACCAAUUCCAACGAUUCACCUAAUAAAAAUUCCCCAAAUCGGGUAAACACAAGGCCUCGCGGUCUACCUCAGACCCCAUUACGCCCGACUAAGACUAGACGAAAGCUGUUCACAUAUAAAGAAGAUGUUAUCGCCGAUUUAAAUGAUGAAAGGGAAACGCCGACUCCAGUUCAACCAAAAAAACAUUUAACACGGCGACAGAGACUGGAGUUUAUACAAGCCGAGAGAAUUGCCAGAAAAUUAAUAAAAACACCAAUAAAAAAGAUACAAAGAAAUGGACCAAUUGUAGGAACACAGCGCAAGAAAAUUGUACCAAGAAUUGUAUUAACAGGAAUGUCUAAAUCUGAACGGAGCGAAGUAUUCAAAGCAUUGAAGUCAUUAGAUUGUAAGAUCAAAUCCAAAGUGACAUACAAAACGACGCACAUUAUAUUUGGCUCAUGUCAGGAACAAAACAGAAGUCACAUAAAUCAGGAGUGUACCAAACCUAGGACAGUUAACGCUUUACUUGGAGCGAUUAGAGGGUGUCGGGUAUUGGGUACCCAGUGGGCAAUUGACAGUGCUAAGGAGGGGCAAUGGUUGACCCACUAUGGGUAUGAAGUGCCGCAUUUACUGAAGAUUUCUACGAAAGCACGAGUGGAACGCGCAGCUCUCGGCCGUAUGCGUUCGGAAUACGCGUACGAUAUUUUUAACAACCUCAAAGUGAAAAUACAAAGUAAUGCCCCUCAUAAACCCGCUAUAACUGAACUUUUGAUCUUAUGCGGGGCAAUUAUCCAAGAUGGUGACUGUGACGUCACAAUAGGCCAGGAGGAGGGGGAAAUUAACUCUAAAUGGGUGUUUGACAGCGUAGCGAGUGGACGUAUGAGAACUACGCGACGAUAUGUUAACAUAAAUAUACCUGAUAUUGUUAGUUUGACACAGAAUUGGAGUAUUAGUCAUAGAUAG